AUGGAGGGACCCCAGGGAGAGAAGGUGGCCGGUAUCCUCGGCGUCCGAGUGAACCCGGCGAUCAGCGACCUUUCAGCAUCGGCGUUCCGAUCGUCGCAGAUGCCAAGGCCGGGUCAAAUGCCCACUGCGACAUUCGAGCCUUUGACGCCGCUAGAAGACGAAGGUGAUUCGACGCAACUGUCGGGGAUCUUCCCUUUGGAAAUGGUUACGCAAGUUGAGGGCCAACCGAAUGCUGGGCAGGGGCAGGGUCGGAGGGGCUCGUUUGCGCCGACGCAGCCGUGA